AUGGCCACAUCGAAGGUUCUACAGCCUUUGAAUGCUCACAAUGAGGCAUACGAGCCGCCCAUGAUCAGCCUGACUGCUGCCCCUGAAUCGGAUGAGCCGCCAGUCGUCAAAGAAAGGCAGUGGCAAUGGGCGCGGCCACAGGUGGAAGGCGAAGGUCCGUGUGCCCGAGGUGGCCACACUGCAACGCUUGUUGGACCGACUGAUGCGCAAAAGCCUUCGGCCCGGAUCGUAAUAUUUGGUGGCCACUAUGACGGGGGUGCGGGAGCUGGAUUUAUCUACCUAAACGACACUCACAUCCUUGAUAUCGACGAGAACACCUGGACAGUUCCGCGAUGUCGGGGUACAGCACCCCUUCCGUCCCCUGGCGGCAGAAUCAGGGACACACCGGGGCUCAGAAUAUAG